GACGCGUAAAACAGGCAGGAAGCGCAGAGCGACGGAGAGCUCGACCAGAGGAGGAAGAGGAGCAGCACGCAGAGGAAAAAAGAGCAGAGCAAGAAAAAGAGAGGAAGAAGAGGCAGGAGGAAGAGGAGGAGGAGGAGGAAGAGAGUGUUGGAUGUAGCCGUUGUUGUGCGGGGAAUGUGCGGCUCCUCCUCAGCUGCUCUCCAACUUUCUGAAUCUCUGCUCUCAUGGUGAGAGAGGACGCAGAGGAUGGGAGUAACCUGGUCCUCCAAAUGCCUCGCUCUGUUCCUCGCGCUCCACAUAGUCUCUGUGUUGCAGACGGUGCUGGUCAGUGCUGGUCAAUGUGACUCUGUGUUUAAAGGUUUCUCAGACUGUCUGCUUCAGUUGGGGGAGAACAUGGCCAACUAUCCCCAGGACCUGGACGACAGGGACAACCUGCACAAGAUCUGCCAUUACUGGGAUAACUUCCACUCCUGUGCCACGACGGCGCUGGCCGACUGCCAGGAGGGAGCGACGGACCUCUGGGAGAAACUGAAAAAGGAGUCCCGCAACCUGGAUUUCCGUGGGAGUUUGUUUGAACUCUGUAGCAGCGGCAACGGAGCCCCCAGAUCAGCUGACGCCAGGGGCCUCGCCUUGGUCCUAACCACACUGCCCACCAUACUGACUUGGCUGGCGUUUUAACAGAAACAAGGGAAGACAUACAAAAAAAAAACACAAAGUGAAAAGAAGAAAAAAACAAGAAAAGAAAAAUAGCAAAAAAGAGUGAUAGCUGCUCUUCGAUACAGAAAAAAACAACUCCAAACGGACUGAAUUCAUCACCUGAAAACACCCCAAAUGGAUUUUUACUACAUCACUAUACGGCGGCACGGUUUGCCUUCCUGGGACGUCUGCAGGCCGUCCUCCCGGAGCGCUCAUCCAAUCACACGCUGACCUGACCCGGAGGUCGAUAACAUGAAAUAUUCAAGGUGCGGUCGAGCCGAAACGAUGACAAUGAUGAAAAUUUGAUGGAUCCUUGCCCGCUUACAAUCGUGGAAUUACACAGUAUUAAAGUCAACCAUGAAUUAUUGAUGUUUAGUAGGCUAGGCCUAGACGGCGCUGUGUGACUGCUGGGUGCUGACACAGUAUCGGGCUAUAUAUUAGGGGUCCCGUAUAGCCUAAGGUGCAUAUUCAUGUGUGACGCGAGGCCACAAAAUCAAUAAGACAAGCCGAGGCCCAGAGCCCAUGUCAGACCAGUCGCCUCAUUUCCAUCACGGACAGCUUUUCCUUUUUUUAUUGCGCCAGGUUGACUGUGUUGAGCCCGGUACGUUUGAUGGACCGAAUGCUUGAUGGUGAUGUAAUAUUUGUGUUCUUAUUGGCUGUUUAUUGUGCUCAGGCCACGGUCACACCAGCUUUUAUCACAAGUCCGUUCUGCACAAUGCCGCCCUGAACAGGUGAACUCCUGCAGGUAAAUAUGUGGCAUUGACGAAAAAAAAAGCAAUGACAGUAUUGACACGUGCAGCAUGGCUUGCAGUCAGUGUGCCAGCGGUAGGUGUAUUUUAAAAUUUAUAGCAUUUAAUUUUGGUUGUUCAACUGGCUAGCUCGCUAACCUCGCUAGCUACCACGUAUAAAAUCUACGCCACGUGAAGAAAUCUCGCUCUGCCAGUUCCUGGUGUGACCGUAGCCUCGUUUUCCCCCCACCAAGCUCUUUAGGCGUAGGGGUGUCGUUGAGAGUCUGCUUUUCAUUAACGAACGGUUCAGAACGGUGUUUAAUAACAUGACGUCAGUUCAGACAGAACGUUUCAGGAAACGAGCACAAACUGUGAAAUGCUUUAAUGAAUUCAAUCCUGCUGAAGGAAACAGCAGCAAGGGACUGGACCACCAGCGUAAUCCACCAUGUCUGGUACACAGGUUUCAAUCUGACCCCAAAUCAACCCCCCAAAACACUAGCACUAUCGCUAUGCUAAUAUUGGUAUCUGUGUCCUGGUUGAAACAGAUUGGUUCGGAUACUUUAGCAGCAAGAAUCAAUCGAUCAAUCGUUUACAGUUCAGUACAGCAGCUAAACCACAUUAAGGAAGGUUAGCUAACAGUUUGAUUUAGCUAAUCUGACCUAAUCUGGUUUGGCAGCUAACAGUUGGGUUCACAGUUAAAUAAGAUGGCGUCGGUUUAGCGAACCACUAAAUCUUAAAGUUAAACCUCAAAGACUUCCUGGUUCCAUCAAUGAAAACCUUCCUUUCAAAAUAAUAAUUGUGCUCAUUUCCUGAAUUCCCACGAGAACAAUUUAAAGUCCAACUGCUGUCAGCCUGACGGAAACUCUUCAAGGAUCUUUUUGGGACGUGAAAGUAUUAAAACGCGUUAUAAUUAACUCUAAGUUCACGUUGGUGGUUGAUUUCCCACCGUUCUCCUGUCCCGCCACGCCCCCCCGCUCAGUGCUAGAAAUGAAUGAAUCUGUGAGCGAAACGGUCACCGAACGAAAGAAACGCGAUGUUCUGAAAAGCCGACAGCAAUACGAAGAUGUGACUUCAUGGCCAGUGUAGCUAAAAAAAAUCAAACCGUGGCUGAAGAGUGAUAUGACUGUUGCCAUUUAGCACAUCCCCCCUUUUCAUACGCCCGUGAUUCAUACUAGACGACCUUAGAGGUGAUAUAUUUUAGGUCUGUAUGUUAGAUUAAAAAGCCCAACAGUGCAGUAGCAUCAUAAACUACAUAAAUACAGUAAAUAAAUUGGAGGUUUAUUUCGAGGCGCAGAUGACGUUUCCACUGCCUUCUGACAAAAAAGAUGUGUACUUUUGUUUGUUUGUUGGUUUGUCUCUUUGUUUGUUUAUGGGGAUGUUGCGUAACAAAAAGAGUUUUAAAAAAUGGACUUAUUCCAAAAAUCAUCUAACAAGAGAAUAUGUAUAUCAAAGGAUUUUAAGAAAAUAAAAAAGCUCUAUUAUAGAUAGUCUAUCCCAGACAGUUUUAACACAAGAUUGAUACUUUACAGAUUAUAGGCCUACUGAGAUAUAAAAAAAAUAAUGAAUAAAAGAUUGCUAAAAUGAUAAAGAGUAAUAAAUAAAAAUGACUAAUGUUUGAAAAUAA